AUGAGGGUCACGAGGUGGAGAUCCCUCCUCGUGGGAUCCGGCGGGCUUUUGCCCGGAGCAUUGCGAGACACCGGCGAGGUGGAUCGUGGCUUGAAAGCUGGACAUGGCGAUGAGGUGAUCAAGAUCCUGGAGCUCUUGCAACGCUUGGGUGAAGUGAUCGGCCUUCGUUUUCUGGUGCAGCAGCAGCUCGAAGGUGAGCGGUUGCGCUUGUGGCUUCAGCCUCCAUCCAGUGUGGGGGAAGCCAUGGAGCGCUUCUUCUUGCUUUAUGUCCAGGCACGCAAGCUGCGUCGGAGUGGCCGUGAGGGCUGA